AUGGCCCGUGGAAACGAAACUGCUUCUAAGAUUUUCUACAAGGGUAGCUCUGAUGACUUUAUUGUCUUCGUUGACGACCUUGAGAUCCUCCAAAAGUGGAAGAACGAUCGCAGCGUUCCCCUUACCGAAGUUCUCAAUGGCUGGAAGAUUUUCGUGACUCACUCCCACGGAGCUCAGGGUGUCCUCGAUACCGCUAGCCAGGCCGCUCUCCAGAAUGAAUUUGGCACAACUAAAGACGAUGAGUGCAUGGUCAAGAUCCUGGAAGGUGGCGAAUAUCAGGCCUCCACGGCACGCGAGCGUGAGGGAGGCAAGAAUGACUCCAACGGCAGCCGCUAA